AGACGUGUCAGAGAAGAACACCUACGCGCCACGCUUCUUGAACACGCCCUACGCCUUUGAGGUGUACCGCUAUGGGGUCGGCGACGUGAUUGGCGUGGUCAAGGCCGCGGAUGAUGACCAAGUGGACUACAAUAGACGCUUUACUAUGUCUGCUCCAACACAUCAGGUAAAUAUGGAAUGGUCACUUGUGCGGCGUCCGAAAACUGUUUAAACUUUUCUUGUUUAAGGCAUUGGCUCGUGGAUGAGCUAGCCUGCAAUGAAAGAAUUGCCUGCAUGUUCAGAUGAUUGGAUCUAUCUACUUAAGUUUUAAAGGGACGGUAUACUUCCUUUCCUCACUGGCAGACAACUACAAGAUCCUCUUAUCCGUUAACUACCAGAUUGAUAUAACGACGUUAGAUGGACCUUUGAGGAUAUUACCAGAUUACUUUAGUUAAUUAAUACACGAAAGCGUUAAGAAACAACUGUUACCCCUUUGAGCCUUUGUCAUAUAGCUGUCUAGCUCUGGAUACAUUGGUAGUAGGCUAGUAGGGCUUAAAUCGGUGGUAGGGCUCACAUCAGUGGUAGGGCUCACAUUGGUAGUGAGGCUUACACCGGUAGUAGGGCUUACACCGGUAGUAGGGCUUACACCGGUAGCUGGGCUUACACCGGUAGUAGGGCUUACACCAGUAGUGUAGUGAGGCUAUAGAUACAUGUUGAACUGCGAGAAGGCUUGUAAUGUAGUAACUUUCUAUAGCCGCUCGGUGGUGGCUGGUUGUCAUACAGUUUAAUAUUUACUUUAUAUAUCCAAGUAAAUGAGGUCAUGAUAAUUAUAGCAUUUUACAGAUUAUCCAAAGUAUGACAAUCAUUCAAUAAACAUGAGGGAUAACUCUGGAUGUUACUGUUAUUUUUUUUAAAAUAACGCAUCCUUAACAAGCAAUGAACAUGUUGUUCAUAAUGAGGUAUGAUCACGUUGUAUAAUAAAUUUGAACAGCAACGGUGAUAAAAAGAAAAUGUUAACACCCCCCCCCCCCAAUGAGUAUCCAAAGGUCAAAUAAGAUAAUCCGUUAAUAUUAUUGCAUUAUUACCGCAGUUAUUUUGAGGGGUUUAGUUUAUAUGAGAAGUACCCAUUUAUGGGCUCCAAAUCUAUGUGAUAUGCGAUUGGGGUCCAUGACAAUCUCAAUAAUCUUAUGUUCACAAUUAGCCCCUGCCUAGUUUAAGCACGGAGACUCUGAGGUUCUCCACGAUUUAGUUAACCUACAAUUCUAGAUACUUGGCCAUGAUAAAUAUAAUGCCGCACACGUGGGUCUAUGUCAGGCUAAAUGCCGUGGCAGGAUAUUUAAUAUAAUGGCAUGGCUUUCAGGACUCUACAUGAACAAACAUAAGUUCUAUAUUCGACUCAAAGCACGGCAGUACUCGAGCACUAUACAGUAUAAUCGCCAAUGGGAUACUGAAGUAUCACGCUAAUUUUAUUUGAGCCUUAGCGCAUUCCAGCGUGUGUCAAUAGAACUCCAUAAAUUAUAGCUGUUACUUUAAACGCAUGCACACGUGGAGUCUAUACAAGGCAUUGUACGUGGUCGUAUUUUUAAGUGUGGCGAUUUAAUUGUUUAUAGGCUCAUUCAUUUAGCUCGAAAAAGUCAUGAAUUUAAAACACUACUUGACAUGGUCGAUAAUGAACCCAAAUCGCCCAUAACAAUCACAUAAUAAAAUACACUCUACAAAAUAAGGAUAUAAAAAUGAGCAUGGCUAGUUACAGAACUGCCACAUAACUGGUGAACAAAAUAUAAGAACUACGAAAUAACAACAAAAUAACUUUGCUCUCUGCAAGUAGGCUCUGUCAAUUCAAAUUCGAGCAGGUCGCCUGGACCUGCCUGAUAAAGGCCUUGCGCGAACACACAGGGGAACAAUGAUGUCAUAAGGUGUGUUCCGCCGUCAACUAGCAGAGAGCAACAGAGAGGUUUUGUAUUGGUCACCGGGUGGUCAAUAGCCGUGCAUGAGUGAAACGCGGCUGAAUAGUUCCCGGCACACAGCGUUGUGGUAGUUUUAAAUUUCAGUUGGUGUGUACGUGUUAUCUAGGAUUUUACCCGAUGUAUCGCAGGGGCACUCAGAGCACACGACUGUAUGCUAAUAUUAAGUGGCACCUUGCCACAUUUCAGAAAGGUUGUUCUCAGAAGUCUUCUACAGCGGCUGGUUCAUCGGUCACGACACGCAUUCUGGAGGUAGAUGUUAUGUGUGGGUCGAAACUUAAUCAUACCUAUUUGAAACAUUCUCCCAAUGUAGGACAAUAAGGGAAAAAUUUAAAAACCUUAAUUAACCAGAACACUCUUAAGAAAGUAUAACGCUGUGGGUGGAUGUAAUAGCUCCAUCCAAAGUUUAACGCUGUUAAUCAUACACUUGACGGACCGAGCACUACCCGCGGGCCUCGUGAUUGCGAUCUCCGAUCAUCAGUAGGCAUUGGCUAACAAAUUAACAUUCUGAGCUAUCAAAGUACUCGUGUAUAUGAAUGAGCAGUUCUUAAGCUGUAUUUCAAUGCUGGCCAACGACGAUUGAUCAUAAAAAGAUUGAACAAGUCUAAGCAAACACGUUAAGGGUGUGGGCAUAAACCGAACCUCUUGUGCUGCAUUGGUGGAUAGCAGGAGGGAAAAUCACUGCUCAUUUCCAAAAAAAAAAAAAAAAAAACCUGUAUCGAUUGAAAAGCCUUGUGUUUUCAAACUUGGCAUCUGGUAACGAAAUGAGGUGGAUACUGAGACCUUAUUGAAUAGAUCAAGGGUUCUUAAACUUUUUUGCAGCAAAGCAACAUUUCUAGAUUUCAAAACAUUUUCUGCAACCCCUAUGAUAAAAAGAUGAUAUUAAAAAGAUGCAAAAAUAUGAUUUUCCGUAUUUAUGACGUCAUAGUAUCUCUCUACAAUUAACUAUUGUUGGCGUCAUACUAUCUCUCUACCAUUAACUAUUGUUCACGCCAAAAUAUCUCUCGACAAUUAAAUAUUAUUGACGUCUGAUACAUUUUUUUUAAUGUGCAGUAUCAGUCUAGUUUAAAAACAAUUUGUCACAAUAGUUUACAAAUCAAAAUUCCUUUUUCUCCUGCUCAAAUCCGUCAGGAUGAGAUGAACAGGAAUGAAACAUUUAACGCUUUAAAAAAAAAUAAGUUAUUUAACGCCAUCGUGACCUGGGAAUGUGAGGAAGACGUUACAUAGAUGCUUGACCUGGGAACGUGACUUAGGGCUGUGAUCUGGGUAAAUGACCUGGGGACGUGACCUGGAGACAAGAUUACGAAACGCGACCUGGUGAGGUGAUAUGGAGAAGUGACCUGGGGAUGUGACCUGGAGAAGACACCCAGGGAUGUGACCUGGAGACAGGAUUAUGAAACGUGCCCUGUAGACGUGAUAUGGAGAAGUGACCUGGGGAUGUGACCUGGAGACGUGUACUGGAAGAAGGCAGAAGCGGUGGGACAAAAUUUGGGAACGGUUGGAGAUACUUGACCUUGGCCGGGCUGCAUGUCAAUUUCCUUUCUGUGACCUAUGUCCCAGACGGGAUAGCAGGCAAACAUGACAACAGGACACGACGUUCAUAGCAGACUCAACUACGGAAACUAUGUGGCACGUUUACCCGCAGGCCCUCAUUAGGUAGACAGAUACGGACACUGGGUUAGUCAACAUUGAAUCUUAGACACUGGGGCAUGUUUGGAUGAUGAGGGCAUAAGAGUGAACCUUAGGGUGAACUAUCUUGUAUUUUAUGGUCACUAUUUUUUUUUCCUUAGACAAACUCUUUGUUUGCGGGUUACGAGGUGACUUCUUCUAACUUAACCCCACCCCCCCCCCCUUUCCCAUAUACACACACGUUUCUUGGAAUUCACCCCUGUCUACAAUUUCUUCCCUUUUGCUGUUUCUCUACACAGUAGGUCUACUGCACCAACACUCCAAAAAGUUUUUAAAAAUACUUUCCUCGUAACCUGUAACAAACGUUAUAACCUAAUUUCAGAAAGCCUCUGAUUACGUCAGUUUAAUAAACAAAGAUGCGACAGGCAGCGAGAGGGCAGCUCAAAUACUCUUAUCGCAGCCAGUCCCGGAGACUGUUUCUACACUGGAUCUGCUUAUAACGGCCGUGGACGAAGGGUCGCCCCAACAAACAGCCACGACAACAGUGAAAAUAAACAUCAUCAUGGUGAAACGUGAGCCAAUAUAUUUACUUUUCUUAUUAAAAAUGUAUUUAAAAUCAAGAAUGUAAUUUUUAAAAACGUGUUCAGCAGUUGUUUUUUUUAAAAUAAGUUCCUUUAAAGCUUAAAGAUAACGAAAAGUGGAUUUCAUGUACCGGUACAGUGAACUUUUAAAAGCGGUGCAAAUGUGUAAUUAUUUACAAACAAUUUUUUUCCGUCCUAAAAGAAUAAUUACUGGGGAGGUUGGGGCAGAACAGUUGGUUCAAAAAGUGGAGGGCUGAGACGGCGCAAAAAGUACAAUUUAAAUAAAAUGGAAGAAAAAAAAUUGAUAUAAAGAUAAAAAGGAAAAAAAAAAAAUUGUUUUCAAAGCAUAUUCGUUUUCUUGCGCCUAUGUUUGAUUUUCAUAGGCAGAUUAUGAGAUGAAGAAAAUGCGCAAAGUGGGGGAAGUUGGGGGGGGGGGGGAGAUUAGAAGUAAAACAAGAGAACAUUUACUAAGCUUAAACAUUCUUGCGGUUAUCGGCAAACUUUCUUAAUAAGUUGAGUAGGCUAAAUUGGGUCUAGGUCUUCAAAAUCUGGUACAUUUGAUGUUGUUUCUUUCGUCAAUUUUGUCAGGUAAUUUCAGCUACUUAAAUAAUAUUGUGUUUUUUUUCCCUCACGCAAAUACUAUGGAGAAAUCGCGUUGUCAUCUUGAAACGCGUAGGUGAAAAGUUGUAUGGCGUGACUACAGCUUUGAAAAUGAACUAUCUUGUUCCGACAUGGGAGACAGUUGUAUUUGUAGAGACAGAUUACAGAUGAUAUACCUUGACUUUUGCUUUAAACGGAACUCAUUUUACAAAGCAGAUAAUUAUAGGAGUUGGGGUGGGGCUAUUUGACAUGAUUUAUUUAUACAUAACCUCGAAAUUUGACAUGAAAUAAUAUCAAAUUAUCGUUUGGUCACUGAGCAGAAGUAUUAACCAGCGGUUAUUAUUAUCUGUCGCCAUUAGAAGUGCCUCUUUUGAUUGUAGGGUGUUGUUUUUUUCUUUGUUUUUUUACAGGGGGCGAGGGGGGAGUGUGUAAUUGGGACAGUCAAAUCAUGUGGAAAGGAAAGUCUAUUUGAAUUGGAUAGGAGCCCAACAUACAGUUCAAUCAAAUAAAGGCGCACUUCGAAAAAAAAAAAAAAUUUUGUUAAAGCAAAAUUCUUUCUUAAUUUUAGUGUAGAAAAAGAGGAUGAGUCUGGCAAGAUUUUUACCGAGGGCCUUGGGCCUUAUCUUUGGCUAGUUAAAUUUAUUAUUAUUAUUUUUUAAAUCAAACAAUUAACUAAACUUUAAAUAAAAAUGCACCAAAUUCAAACCGUUUCCGGUUUCUUUUUCUCAGAGCCAGAAAAAUUCUGCAUCUCAACUUCAAGAACAACAACCACAAUUUGUUGGAAAAAUCCUAUGCCUGGGAUUACAUUUGAAGGAUAUAUGGUCGAAAUUGUUGGAUCUUUAGAAAGGUUUUGUUGGCCUUUUAUUAUAAGUUACCAUAAAAUUACCCUAAAACUCAGAGUUAAGGCGGACAUCACCAUGGGACAUUACCAUAUAUGAUAUUGGAUCGUCCCUAUGCCUAAGGCCUAAGACUAAGACCCCCACUAAUCCUAAUCAAUUAUUAUUAUAAACCAAGACCCUUAAUUUAAAUAAUAAAAAUAAUAAAAUACAUAUAAAUUGAUGAAUAUGACACUAUUACUAAUAUAUGUAGUAUAGCAGUAUAAUAUAACUUUUACUUUUAAAGAUUUAUGUAUUAUUUAUUUUUAGUUUUAAGCAUUUAUACUCUUUCUAAAACCUUACUUAAGUGCAUAUCUAAAGCCAAAGCAAUUUCUAAAGCGGCAAUCUCGUUUUAACUUUAAUGAAAACCUACCCUGAAAGUGAAAGAAAUCCACCUAACUCUAAACCUACUCUAACCUUAACUUUAUACUUAAAUUAAUCCUAAGUUCUAAGCUUAAGCCUACCCUAAAACAAACCAUUAUUUUACCAUAAAAUCAUUCCAUUACUUAGUUAACUUAGUUUAUCUUCUAUAAUCGACAGUUAAGUAGAGUAGUUUAGGUAAGUAUUGUCUAUACCUACCCCUAACCUGCCAUCUUAUGGCAUACUGUACCAUUGUACCCUGAAACUUAAACUACACCCACCCUAUCUGUGUGUUACUUAAAGCCUUAAUCAAGGACUUGUGGCUGUACCCUAUCAUUAUCAUAAAAAUUAAGACAGGAUUUGGCUCACUUUGGGCUGGCUAACAAAUGAAAUUUGAGGAAAUAUAAUUUAUUUAGUUUUUAAAUUAAAACUUGUACAGCCAAAUGCUUUUGAAUUCAUUAAAGAAGUAUUCCCAUUUUUAAACAGGCUCUACCGACAAAAUAUCAGAAAAAGGGCAGUAAAAUCAUAAUCCUCCUACCAGAAUUUAAACAAAUACAUUUUGCAAUCUUUUUUUAAAUUCAGGACAGGGUAUGUUCCUUUCAUCGACGGACACACAGAGUCUUGUUUUCUAAUUAAUGGCACAAAAAUUGGGGAUCAUUAUGUGUUUUCAGUAAGUGUGAAAUCAAGCACGUCUGUGCAUGAUACCAACAUUCAACUUACGUUCAACAAAACAGCAACAGGUUGGUAG